CGAAAGCGAGGCGAUUCACUAAAGCGGGAAGACGGUGCUGCCUUUUCUCCUCCGAUGGCAAAGUGAAGGCGGGGCUCACAAGCGUGUUACGGCUCCUCCCACCAUAGCGGGGACGAUACUGUUUACAUGGCGUGUGAUCCGCCUCCCGCGGAUUUUUAAUCCCCUUCAUCUUUUAGCUGUCACAUUGUACGCUUCACCAGGCGUGCUUGCGCGGAGUGUAUCAGAACGGCUCCUCCUCCGAGAAGCGUCAUCGUCGCUCCGCGCUGGGCCAGCCUGGUAACCAUAGAGACCGCAGUGGGCCGUGAUUCUGCGGCCCUAUUGGGCUGUGCGUUGGCUCAGGCAUGCAAAAUCGAGCGCAGGAAGAGCUUUCCCAGUCCAGCCAGUACUGCGAGGUGCGCCUCUCGGGCCCCCGACCUUUGCGUCUGGUAGAAUGGAAGGUGUACGCAGGGGCCUCGGUACAGAUCGGCUCGGUAUUGGCCCUCGCGGUGCCCGUACUGGGGGCUGAAGUGGUCCGCAGUCAUGAGGAGACGGGGAGGCCGCACAGAGCGCCUGAGAGGAAAAUCAAGUCGGACCGCGCAGGGGUGGUGCAGGAGCUGUGCCUAAAGCCGGGAGAAGUCGUCCCUGCCGGGGGUGUUCUGGUGAGGUUAUCCAGCUGUAACCAUCCUGUUGUAAUGAAGGGCCUUUGUGCAGAAUGUGGCCAAGACUUAACACAGUUACAAAGUAAAAAUGGAAAGCAGCAGGUGCCUUAUUCAACAGCCACAGUUUCUAUGGUUCAUAGUGUCCCAGAACUCAUGGUUAGCUCAGAGAAAGCAGAGCAACUGGGACGUGAAGACCAACUUAGAUUACAUCGAAAUAAAAAAGUUGUCCUUAUGGUUGAUUUAGAUCAGACUUUAAUCCACACCACAGAACAACAUUGCCAACAUAUGUCUAGAAAGGGGAUAUUUCACUUCCAGCUAGGAAGGGGAGAACCAAUGCUGCAUACUAGGCUACGUCCUCACUGCAAAGAAUUCUUAGAGAAGAUUGCAAAGCUGUAUGAACUGCAUGUCUUCACUUUUGGUAGCAGGCUGUAUGCCCAUACUAUAGCAGGUUUUUUAGAUCCUGAAAAGAAGCUUUUCUCUCACAGAAUAUUGUCUCGAGAUGAAUGUAUUGAUCCUUAUUCCAAAACAGGAAAUCUUAGGAACCUUUUCCCUUGUGGGGACUCAAUGGUAUGCAUUAUUGAUGAUCGAGAAGAUGUUUGGAAGUUUGCACCUAAUUUGAUCACCGUUAAAAAGUAUGUGUACUUUCAAGGCACAGGUGAUAUUAACGCACCUCCUGGUUCAAGGGAAGCACAGAUGAAGAGCAAAGUAAGCUGUUCAAAAGCUUCAGAAGUAACAGAGCGGUCUGAAGCUUCUGUACAAGAUUCUGAACAUUCAAAAAACAUUCUUGUGGAGCAGCACAGCAAUGGUCACGGAAAAGCUAUGAAGGAACUGAAUGGGGGGUGCACUGCCAACCGUGAGCUUUCCAAAAACAAUACAGAAUGCAGUGAUGGACUACAUGAACAUGAUUCUUCUAGUAGUGCUCCUACAGAUGCAUUAAAUAGUAACAAUGGAAAGCCAUUGGCAGAUGCACCACCUUCUUUAGAGCAAGAUGAAAGGACAAAUGUUUCCAUUUCCCAACCAAAAACUGGGGCAGCAAAAGACUUAGAUUUUGACUUGUCUAGUGACAGUGACAGUGAAGGAGAAACUAGGAAAAUAUCAUCCCCAUCUUCUGCUUCAGGUAGUGAAAAUGAAUGUAAAAGAAGUUGGAGGAAAUCAAAUAAAAAGGAUGAGGAGUGUAUUGCAACACAAGAAUCGUGUACAGAUGAUGACUCCAAGAAAGCAAAGCCAGAGAAUCACUUUGAAAGGCCUGUAUAUGAGUCAAAAAAUACAUUGCCAGUAGAAGAAGAUGAGAUGGAAGUGCAGUCUGCUGAGCAGGAUAGCCUUUGUGAUUUAGGGAACGGCUGUACAGAUAAAAAGGAGGUUGAAACAGAAUCCCAGAAUAGUGAGCAAUCUGGUAUCACUGUAGGAGAGUCACUUGAUCAGAGUAUGGAGGAAGAAGAUGAGGAUAGUGAAGACACAGAUGAAGACGACCACUUAAUAUACCUUGAGGAAAUCCUUGUCAGAGUUCAUACAGAUUACUAUGCAAAGUAUGAUCGGUACUUGAAAAAAGAGGUGGAUAGUGUUCCAGAUAUUCGUAAAAUAGUGCCUGAGCUGAAGAGUAAAGUAUUGGAAAAUGUCAUAAUUUCAUUCAGUGGCCUUCACCCAACAAAUUUCCCCAUAGAGAGGACACGAGAAUUUUAUCAUGCAAGAGCUUUAGGAGCAAGUAUCCAUAAGAACCUAAUUUUAAAACCAGAUGAUCCUGAUAGGACGACUCACCUCAUUGCCGCAAGGGCUGGCACAGAAAAGGUUCGAAAAGCUCAGAACUGUAAACACCUACAUGUUGUAAAUCCAGAAUGGCUUUGGAGCUGUUUGGAGCGAUGGGAAAAAGUUGAAGAACAGCUUUUUCCAUUAAAGGAUGAUUACAUGAAGUCUCAAAGAACAAUAAGUCCCACCACAUUUCCUGAUGUUCAUAGUGCUUUUCAGACUCCACUUUUUCACCCUACUCCUAUCAAUCCAAACACACAACCUGGUCCUGAAGUCCAUCUGUACGAUCCAGUAACUGGAAAACUUAUCCGGAAAGGGUCGCAAGCUUCCAGGGAGUCCCCAUAUAUUCAAGCACCUAGUCCUUCUGUGACACUACCUGUCCAUGGAGAGCAUUCAUCUUUCAGAGUUGUUCAGCUUCAUCAGGAGCAACUGUUUGAUGAUGAAGAACUUGCUACAGCCAAUCCAGAUGAAGAGCAAUCCGGGCCUUCGAGAAGAAAGCGUCAGCCAAGCAUGUCUGAGACUAUGCCUUUGUACACACUUUGUAAAGAGGAUCUGGAGAGCAUGGACAAAGAGGUUGAUGACAUAUUAGGAGAAGGUAGCGAUGACAGUGACAGUGAAAAAAAGAAGACCAUUAAGAUAAAGAAAUCACAGAAUGCAGCACAAGGGAACAAAUUAAAAAACCCAGAAGAAAGGAAUGAAUCCUCUUCUUCAAGUGAAAGAAGUCUGUCCGGUAGCAGGCCUCGAGGUCACAAAAGAAAGCUGGAAGAAGAGGAGGAGGAGGAUGCUGAAAGUGAAAUCGGUAAAGAGUCCAGCAAUGAAGAUGAGGAGGGAAGCAGCUCUGAGGCUGACGAGAUGGCAGCAGCCAUUGAAGCAGAACUGAAUGAUUUCAUAUGACAGCCAUUUACUAUUAGGGUAAAUUGAAGAUUAGCAAGCAACUUUUAGGGGGUUAUUUAUCAAAAUCUGAAUUUUUCAGAUUUUUUAAAUAAAAAAAAUGUCUGAACAAAAAAUCCACGAUUUUGACCUUAUUUAUUAUUAAAAAAGCUUGAUUUAAUCAGUUCGGGUAAAAACUCCGGAAAAAUCUAACAAUCCAGGUUUUCGCUCGAUUUUAUUGUUUUUUUUCCUCGAAUCUCCGAUUUUUGGCCAAAAAGGUCAGAUUUUUGGGCUAAUUCCAGCACAGACCACAGAAACUUCAAAUUAGGGUAGGGACAUCUGCCAUAAACUCAUCCACAACCUCGGCAGGUCUGGGAUGGCAGAUUUUCGGAUUCUAGUUUUUUGUUUCAUCGGGCUUUAAUAAAUUGGGGGGGAAAUCGUAAAAACCCCUAAAUAAUAGAUUUUUGGCCCAAAAAGCCUGACCGGAGUUUAGUAAAUAACCCCCUUAUGUCAGACAUAAAUUAAGUGUUAGUGUGUAUGGCCUUCCUCUUUUUUGUUUUUUUUUGUUUUUUUGCUGAAACGUAUGUAUAUUUUGAUGAAAAGCAGCUAUCUUGUCCAUUUUACAAAUAUUAAUGUAGUUUUAAAUGUUUUAUCAAACAAAGAUGUACCUGCCUUUUUUUUUGUUUUUGUUUCUUUUUUUGUUUUUAGAAAAGGAAAAGAAAGUGUAAAGAUGAAAGUGAGCUAUGCCAAAGACCUAGAAUGCUCUUUAGUGGACAAGAUAUUUUGUUUUGUUUUUUCAUUCAUGUUUUUCCUUCCCCUCCCCCCCCCCUCUUUUUGACUGAACGUUUCAUCAAACCAAGUGAGGAACUCGAGGAUCUUUCGUGUGCUUUCCACAACUCUCACAUAAAUGAAAUUGUUAAUGGAAGACAAUUUAUAUUUGUACAGACAAUGAGAAUGUGAUCUGUAAUGUUGUAAACUUCAUUGCAGUCACUUGCCUCUUACAAACUACAAUGUUUCAAUUUCAUGUUUUUAUAAGUUCCUCAGUGCGCUAGUUUGGGUUUGCUAGAAGACCUGUGUUUUGAAUUUUAACCUGGCCCCUGUCUGCUGUUUAUUGUAGCUCAGUGCUCUGUACUGCCAUGGAGAUCCUAUUCUUCUUCUAGAUGGAGGAAAGAGAGCGCUAGCUUCACCUGCAUAGGCUUUUAUUCAAUUGAGAGGACUAAUGUAAAGUUUUUGUAUAUUCUAUUUCAUAUUUGAACUGCAAAACAGAAUUUCUUUUGUUUAAUAAAAAAACCAUCCAUUUUCUAGA